CUGAGGAGGAGGAGGACAGAGUUUGUCCUUGGAAGCAGAUUCCAUUUAGCGAAGUCGUGCUGCUUACUGCAUGCCCUGUUUAAUUUGGAGAAUCUGGACGUGCCGUGCUGCUGAAAAAGAGAUGCCCUGCAGUGUAAGGCCCAGCCUGACCCGAGAUCAUGGAUUUUUAAUCAGGUGGAUAUUGCUCACCAGGACUGCUGUGGAAUAACGCGCAGCGAGGUGAAAAGCCACGCAUCCCGGUGUUAUGCCAGGGACUGGGCAAACCCCAGCAGCUGUCUUCCUCCCGUGAGACCAGCUGAAGGCUAGCAAUACUACAGCAAACCCCUGAGACUCAGCAGAGAGAGGAAAAAAGCGAUGACGUCCCAGCAAGCUGCGCUAGGGCACUGAGUGCUGUGCUUCCCAAGCCAGAUUUGCAGUAUUGAUAGCCACCUGUAGAUGGAGAUCUGCUCCAUGCCACGCCGUGGUCAUGCUGGAAUCCUGCUCCCCAUCACCUGGACGAGUGAAUUGCAUUUAAGGAUCCGCUUCAUUUUCCUGAGCACUCGAGAUAACCUUGACGUUCAUCCAUGUCUGAAGCAGCACAUCUCGGCCUUGUCUCGGUUAGGGUAAGUUGUGGGCAUCCUGAUGCUCACCAACUCGUGUAGCUGUUAGUUCCUUACAGUAAACCAGCAGUGGGUACAGCCUGGGGUAGAAUGCAAGUUACAACCCUGUACUUAUCCACUUCUCGUCUCCUCUGCACAGCUGAGUUUGUGCACUUGGCAUGACAGCACUGACUGCUCCUCCUUUAGAGGGCAGAAGCGUACCCUUCCUCCAUUACGUGCUCCCAAAACUAAACCCAGGCUUUGCUCGGGGUCCCGAAGUCUCCUGCUUUAGCAGGAGCAGCCCUAAGGCCCCAUACAGCUCAUUGGCUUGGCAGCUUGCUAGAGAAAACUGGUUGAUGGUGGUAACGGGUUGUACUGCGGUUCUCCGACGUGAUUUCAUGGUGGUUGUGUGCUGAUGUGAACUUUGUUCCUGGCUGCUUGUGUGGAGCCCACCCCAGCUGCUGUUGUUUGGAUGCACUGGUGUGCAAAGAUGCACUGAUGUAAGAAUUACUAGGUGGAAUCUCUUAGUGUAGAUAAGGAACGUGACACACAGCCAGUGCUGCACAGCAAACCCAUCCUGGAGCCAGCAACCAAAUCUUUCCUCCCAGAGCCUCACCUGGUGGCUGAACCCCAGCAGAUGUCCCCAGGAGCACCCCGCUGCCUGAUCGUGCCCCUUCUCAUUUCUGUGCCCUUGCAAAUGAGCGCGGUGAGCAACAAGCGGCCAGCUCCGUGCUGGGGACUGCGAGGCGGGGGCCUUCCCGAAGCCCCACCUCGCGUCUCUGGCAUCAUCUGAGCAUUCUGAUUUGCAUGUGUUUUAUCUGCAGUCCCGUUUCCCUGCUAAACUCACACCCCAGCACGCCGCAGGGAAGGUCCUAACCCCAGAAACAAAACCCGUCUGUGUAACUGCUCGGCGGCGGCUGCCCGGCUCAGGUCACCUGGCCCCGAGCUGUGCGCGGAGCGGCCAUCCCCGGGGCAGGCUUUGCUGCGUGGCGCCGGAGGAGGAGCCGUGCCCGUGCCGCGGCCCGGCCCAGCGGGGCAGGCCGGGCUGCCUGGCCUCGGCCGGCCGUGCCCCCGGCCCGCGGCAUUCCCCGCUGCCGCUGCAGGAAGUGAGCUCACAGCUCCGGCGCUCCGAAGGGAGGGCGGGAGCCCGCGGGCAUCCAGCCCGGCCGGCAGGAGGAUCCGCGCGGCCAUGGGUAGAGGCAAUCUGCUGUCCCGCCUGGGGCCGGCCUGCUGCCUGCUGCUGCUGCUAGGGGGCUGCGAGGGGCUGGGGAGCCCCGGGAAGCAGCGAGAGGAGCGGCAGAGCGCUGCGACGGAGGAGGCACCGUGGGGCAGAGCGAGGUACGAGGCGGUAAAGAAGCAGCUAGGAGCUGUGGGAGCUCUCUCCAAGCAGUACUGGGAGUUCCUGGCUUGCAAGGUGUGGCAGGAGGGCUGCGAGAAGAAGGAGGAAGAGGAAAAGACCAGCCCCGGCCCAGGCUGGAGCUUGCCUCUGGUGGGCCAGGAUUACUUGGAGAUCCUCUCUGCCUGGUACUGCAGUUUUGGCAAGUGCUGCAAGACAGGAGACUGCCGGAUCAUCAACAAUGUCACAGGGCUAGAACUGGACCUCAAUGGGCAGCUCCACGGGCAGCACUUGGCCAAAGAAGUUGUCGUCCGGGCGGUGCGAGGGUUCCUGCAGAGCUCACAGCCACAGAAGGCUCUGGUCCUCUCCUUCCACGGCUGGUCUGGCACUGGCAAGAACUUUGUGGCCCGCAUGGUAGCUGCUAACCUGUACCGGGACGGGCUGAAGAGCGAGUGUGUCAGGGUGUUCAUCGCGCUCUUCCACUUCCCCCACCACAAGUACGUGGACUCCUACAAGGUUCAGCUGGAGAGGCAGAUUAGCGAGACUGUGCAGCUCUGCAAGCAGUCCCUGUUCAUCUUCGAUGAGGCAGAGAAACUUCAUUUCGGCCUCCUGGAUGCCAUCAAGCCCUUCAUGGCUCGCUCUGACGACGGCCAGCGAGGAAACCGGAGAUCCAUCUUCCUUUUCCUCAGCAAUAUUGGUGGCAAUGCCAUCAACGAGGUCGCCCUGGACUUCUGGCGAGCCGGACGGGCGCGGGAGGAGAUCCCCAUGGAGCUCCUGGAGCAGCAGCUGCGACUGGAGAUGCUGCAGCUUGCAGAGAACGGUUAUGCCCGCAGCCACCUCCUUGAAGAGAACCUCGUUGAUUUCUUUGUGCCAUUCCUGCCUCUGGAGUACCACCACGUGAAGCUCUGUGCACGAGACGCGUUCCUGGCCCGUGGACUUCCCUACACAGAGGCAGCCCUCGAUGAGGUUGCCAGGAUGAUGGUGUUUGUCCCAAAAGAGGAGAAGCUUUUCUCUGCACAGGGCUGUAAAUCUGUAUCACAGCGCAUCAAUUACUUCCUUCCUUGAACACCAGCUGGGACAACAUCCCUGGUGAAGGUGGUUCUGCACACCAGGAGCUGCUCUCCUUGCACGAGGUCAGGCAAGCAGAUCACCCCCUGCACGGGGGCAGAAACUGAACUCUGUAAUACUCUGAGGGCUGCUCACAGGGAAGGCAGUGCACCCCGCCCAGCUUUAAGGUUGGGGUACCAGCAGGCUGAGCUCGGCUGGGUUUUUAAGUCCACAUGGUGUUUCUCACUCCCUUCUUUUACCCAGAAGCAGUGAUUUGGUUGUGCUCACAGAUGCUUAAUUUCAUGUGAGUGGGGGUAUUGUCAGUUUGUUGCCCAGGACAGAUUGAUCCAGCAGCAGCCAUGGCCUCAUCCCUGUCCACAGCUUCCUCAGUCACAUGAGGAGCUCUCAGAUUACACAGAGCAGUUUUGCUGCAGCUGAGUUUUCUUCUCUGUCACUCUCUUGCCAUCAGGAAUUGUCUGGCACUGAGUGCCAGGGUCGUGAUUUGUGCAGGGUGAGAAAAUGGCUGCUUCAUCUCCUCUGGAGAUGUUAAGUCUACAGCGUGUUGGUUUGGAGUGACCUUCCCUCCCCUCUCGUCUUUUGUUCCAUGGAAGCAGCUGUGGGAUGAGGUGAGCUCCUGCUGAAAUCACUUCUCUGAGCCAUUUGGUGAAGAGCAUGUUUGCUGCAUUGCAGGAACUGGUUUGGGCAGAGACAGACAUGGGCAAAGGGCAGCUGAGGAGGACAGUGGGUGAAAGAACAAGUUGCAAUUGAAUUCUGGUUUUCAGAGCUGGAAUAAGAAAAUUUCCCCCCCCCCUCAGAAUGUUGCAUGCUUUGGGGUUUUGGCUGGUAUCAGCAUUACUACACCACGGAGCUGUUUGCUGUCUGGGUACUUGCCAGGUGAUAAGAAUGUUAGGGCAGGACCACAAAAUUUCAACAGUGCUACAGGAAUCGCUUUGUGACCUCUAGGUCAAAACUCCCUUCCAACACAGCUGCUGUGUGGAGAGGUGAAUCAGCACCUGCCAAGGACGGGCUCAGCUACCGGAGCGCCGCAUGUGCGGACCUUUGAUCUAUUUUAAGCUUGGAACCUCUCAGCAGUGCCAGUGAUGAGCAGCAUGGCUCCAGGGACAGGCUGAGCAGGCUGCGUGCUGUUCUGCAGCCUCUGAGGUCGCUGCUAUCCUAACGAGGCUGCGUGGUGCAAGGCAGGGAGGUGAGCCAGCUGCUCGUCGUGCUUCUCUCUGUACAAAGUUAGCUUAAACCUGGCUGCCGAAUCGAGGCUGAACUAUAGUGCCACAUCUACUUUUAUCAGACAUUGCUGAGAGUUGGUUUAUGGAUGGUCAUUUCAUCACAAACGUCAGUCCUGGAAACAGCAGAGAGAGGUGCCCAGGGGAAGGCAGCUCUGAAGUGAGGCUGCAGCCCUGCAGAACAGCACGGCUCAGGCUCUGCUUUACAACCAGCUGAUUUGCUCGGUCACUUGUGUAAGCCAGUGUGAGGUUUGUGGGGUUUUGGUUUUUUGAGCAACUGGCCUCAGGUUAGUACGGUGCAGGUUAAAAAUAAAGCAGUGUCUAGGCAAGGUUUUUUUGCCAAUAAAAUAUUGCAACCUUUAUUUAAAACAAAAUGCAAAUUGGCAAAACUUUGUGGAACGACAGGCAAAGAGGCCCUUCCAAGGGCCUUAUUUACAUCAAGUUUAACACUGUUCGCAGUUCACAGUCAGACGAUAGUGAGAGAAUUAAAUUAGAAAAACAACCAAAAUAUAUUACAAUAACAAUUAAAAACAAAACAGCUGACAACACUGUAGA